AUGGCUGCCGAGUGGGACGCGGCCGCCGGCGUCUACAAGAACGCGCGCGCGGCCUCGUCCUGCGAGGUGCCCAACCCGCUGUGGAUCUUCGGCUACGGGUCGCUGGUCUGGCGGCCCGAGGAGCGCUGGAGCGACUACGACGCACGGCCGUGCGCGGUCCGCGGCUGGCGGCGCUACUUCGCGCAGCUGUCGACGGACCACCGCGGCGUGCCCGGCGCGCCGGGCCUCGUCUGCACGCUCCUCGAGGACGCGCCGGAGGCGACGACGCGCGGCGUCGCCUACCGCGUGCCCGACGCCGACGCCGACGCCGUGCUGGACGACCUGGACUUCCGGGAGAAGGGCGGCUACACGCGGAAGAUCGCGCGCGUCGUUUUCGACGACGGCGAAGCCGUCGACGCGCUCGUGUACUCGGCGACGCGGGACAACCCGAACUUCGUGCAAGGGCUGGAUUCCGACGACGCCGCGGCCGUCGACAAGGCCGCGCGGAUCAUCGCGACGGCCGUCGGGCCUUCCGGCGACAACGCGGCCUAUUUGCUGAACCUCGCCGACGCGCUCGAGGGCACGGACCCGUAUCUGGCCGCGCUCAAGGCGCGGGUCGUCGAGCUCCAGGCGUCAUAA